GUCUCCACGUGGUUUGAACACAUCUCUAUGAUAGUGAUUCUCCUGAACUGUGUGACUCUGGGGAUGUACCAACCCUGUGAAGAUGUCACCUGUCAGGCAGAGUGGUGCCUCAUACUACAGGUGUUUGAUGACUGUAUCUUUGCAUUUUUCGCGGUGGAGAUGGUCAUUAAGAUGGUGGCUCUGGGGAUCUUCGGUUCUAAGUGUUACCUUGGCGACACUUGGAACCGACUGGACUUCUUCAUCGUCAUGGCAGGGUAGGUGUUCUAUUCCCACAAU